UUUUAGAGCAGAAUGCUGGCGUUUGAAAGAUUUAGGGAAAUUUGGACUUGAGAAAUUAUUACUUUAUACACCGGAGAAAUGGACCCAAAUGUUCCUAUUUAUGAGGUCACGGAUGUAAACACUAAGACCAUCCACGUGGGUUCAUUCGGUGGCUUAUGGCAUAGCUGCCUGAAUAGCUGGGACAUUAGUUUGGCUGAGGCUCCUAACCCAGAGGAGCUGCUACCAAGUGAUGCCGAUCUUGCCAGGGAUCUGGGUUGCACAGAGGAGACAGCCACAGAGCUCAAGUUGCUGUGCAGUGUGGAUGAAUUAAAAUGUCAUGACAAUGAAGAAGCAGACCCUGAGGCCAUUCCAGAAGACAGCAGUCUAGUUACUUUGGGGAUCCGUAAGAAAGUCUUGGAGAGACGUAAUGAAAAGAAAUUUGUAGAUCGUAUAUGCAGACAGGAGACCCUUGUAUCUGAGAUGGAAUCUCAGGGUGUGGGGAAGAGACCUGAGGAUCCCAUAGAUAUGAUUGAUGGAGGUGAACUAAUUCUGACACUGAAUAUUGUAUAUCCUGUCAUUUUUCAUAAGCAUAAGGAGUACAAACCUUAUGAGACCAUAUUGGUGCUGGGUAGUCAGAAACUCACCGAGCUGAAAGAUGCCAUUAACUGUGUCAGUGAUUUGCAGAUUGGUGGAGAGUUCAGCAGUAAUCCUGAUUUGGCUCCUGAGCACAUUUCUAAGGAUAUCUUUAAAUCAGCCUUCUUUUAUUUUGAAGGAGUCUUUUACAAUGAUAUGAGAUACCAGGAAUGUCGUGACCUAAGCAGAAAUAUAAUUGAAUGGGCUGAAUCUCGUGACAGAGGCUAUGGAAAAUUUCAGACUGCUAAUAUGGAUGAUCAUACAUUUAAUGAUUUACGUAUAAAAAUUGGCUUUCCUUACCUGUACUGCCACCAAGGAGAUUGUGAACACAUAAUUACUGUAACUGAUAUAAGGUUGAUCCACUACGAGGAUUGCUUGGAUAGAACGGCCUACCCACUACAGAUCAAAAGACACUGGUUUUGGACCAGGAAGUGUUCUGUCUGUAAAUUGUAUACUGCCAGAUGGGUUACCAAUGAAGACAGUCUUGCACCAGAUGACCCAUGCUUCUUUUGUGACGUGUGCUUCAAAAUGCUGCAUUACGAUGCAGAGGGCAAUAAACUUGGAGAGUUUCUUGCCUAUCCUUAUGUUGAUCCUGGAAUUUUUAACUAAAGGACUGAGCUUGAGCAGUGCAAAAUGUCAAGAAUCUUUUGAUCAGUUUAUGGUUUAAUUAAAUGUACAGUAGAAUAUUUAUUCAGUGUCUCUAGCAGACUAUUAUGGAACUCUGCCCAGAAAGGAAAGGAAAUACAGAAAUUGUAUUUAUACUUUUUAUCUAUGUAUUUUUAAUUUAUAUGUUGAUUUUUUCCUAUUUAUUUUUUCAUGAUAGCUUUUGACAAGCUCAUAUUGUGUUUGUUAGAUAUUGUUAUACAUUUGUUAUGGUAUUACUAAGCAAGAAGUUUGUGUAAUGCAGUAUCAGAAUGCAAUUAUUUUACUGUCUAUCUCUAGGCUUGUUGUAUAUGUUAUGUUCUAAAAGAUAAUGCAGAUAUAAAUAAAAAAAACAAAUGGCUCAGAAA